AUAUGCCAAUCUUAAACUAAGGAUGAUCGAACUAUUGAUUUUUUUUAAUUGCUAUUUUAUAAUUUAUGCACUUUGAUUCUGUGAUUAAGAUUUCUAAUCAUAAUGUUUUGGGGAGGUUGGCUGUUACUAUGUUGAAAUUGAAUUAUGGGCAUGUAAUUUUGCUGCCUUUUUGUGGUUUCACAAAUUUUGUGUAAUCUACCUCAAAUGAGUAAUUUUCCAAGUAAUGCAUUGGUUAACCACAAUGUUAGCAUUUCUUGUUCAGCAAGUUUAAAUGCUAUUUAUCUUUAAGUCUCUUAAUUAUUGAGACUUAAUUAUUCAGGUUAGGUUGACCGCUUCACUGCUCACUAGCAACCUCAUAAAGGCAUUUGAGAAGGGAAAUGUAAAAUAAUAAAUCUGUUUUAUGGAUAUUCACUGCACCUUGUGUGUGCCUAAUACUGAUAGGAGAAGUUUGAUGAGAUUUUAUAAUAUUCUUGCUGUGAAGGAGCUUGCUACUGAGUCACAGAAAUCCCUUAAUAUAUUCAGGUUUUAAAACUGGCAUAUCACAGGACCUCAGGCACAGAUUAUUAAGGAUGGGAAGAGUGAGAGUAGAUGUGGAAAAAGAAAAAACAAAAAUACCCUGUUCUCUACAGUAUGACUGUGUGCAAUCAAAUAAUGAUGCUUGAUAUAGGCUAUAAAGUCAACAAAUAAAUAGGCAAUUGAUAGUGUGUAAUGAGUGGACCCUUAAUAAUUGAUCUAGAAACAAACUGCUUUUGUUGGCUAAGCUUUCAAUGUGAAGCAUAGCAGAGUGCUGUCUACACUAUUUUUCUACCAAAUAACAAUAUGGAUAAUGAGAAAAUGAUGAAAAUUCCCAUGAUGUCCACAGUGAAAGUAGCAGUACGAGUGAGGCCUUUUAGUCAGGGAGAGAAGAAUUCUGGAAGCAAAUGUGUAAUUUCCAUGCAUUCCAGGACUACUACCACUAUACAGGACCCUAAGAAUCCAGAGCAUGUGAAGACAUUUACUUUUGACCUGGUAUUUUGGUCUCACAAUGGAUUUCAAAAGGAUAAAGAUGGUGUCCUUAUUUCAACUGAUCCUAGUAGCAGGUUUGCAGGCCAGGUUACGUUCAGCAUGCUGGAAACUUACAACGGACAGGUAAGAGAUUUGCUCUCUAGAACCAAAAAACCUGGAGGACUGAAAGUGAGAGAGGAUCCGUGGCUGGGAUUUUACGUGGAAGGUCUGAAGUCGGGGCCUUGGGAGGACUAUGCACAAAUCGAAAGGCUGAUGGAACCAGGGAUGAGAGGAAGACACGUGGAGAGGACCACGGCCUCGACCCACGUGAACGCCAGCAGCAGCCGGUCCCACGUGGUCGCCAUCCAGGUCAAGCAGGUUUUCCUAGACAGAGACCUCACCAAACAAUCCAGCAUUAAUUUGGUGGAUUUAGCAGGAAGUAAAAGGCAGAAAUCUUCAAGAUCCGAAGGAGACAGGCUGAGGGAAGGAUCACGAGUUAACUUAAGUUUAACCAACUUAGGAAAUGUUAUCAGUGCUCUGGCUGACGCAGCCAUAGGGAAGAAAGUCUUGCACAUUCCCUACAGAGGUUCUGUGCUGACCAAACUGCCCCGGUCGGCUCUGGGUGGGAACAGCAGAACUAGUUUGAUAACAGCCAUAAGUCUGGCUGACAUCUGCUAUGAGGAAACUUUAUCCACACGGAGAUACGCUGAAAGGGCUAAAAAGAUCCAGAAAAAAGCUGUGGUCAACACCUGGAUGCUGAGGACAGCAUCGAGGGCAGAGAACAGCAAGCUGCUGUUCAGAUGUGGGGACUGCAGACUGGGGGACUCUCUGCUAGUGGCAGCGUUCCCUGCGCCCCCAUCCCACCGUCACACCGGGCAGCCCCGCCUGGCGAGUCUCCAGCUUAGCACGGCCCGACUCACGAAGGCUCCAACCUCAACAAAGCGCUUCCUAUAUCAGAAUCCCCCAGCCUGCCUCCUGGCGCUACAGCGGCUGGGGACUCACGCUCAUCAGGUGAUCUGGGCACAGCUGCUAGAGCAGGCAUGGAGAGAGUGGGAGCAGCAGCACGUGGCCCUUGCCCAGUCAUGUGAUGCUGGUCAGGCUGCUUCAAAUGCUGUCAUUCUUCAAGGUUUGGGAAUGUCAGAUAAACACGCUUCCUUCACAAAUUUGGAUGGUAAAGUGACAGUCACUCCGCACAGCAAUUGCAAGGUUGUCGUGAACGGGGUGCCCGUCACGACCAAGACAAAGCUGCAGCAUUUGGUAAACUGUCCUGCCAGGCCACAGAAUUUCCUAAGUCCUAGCCGAGAGCCAGGAGAAGGGUUCUUGUCAGCACUGCACUCUCCCGACCUCCAAGGCGCGCUCACCCGGUGCAGGGCUCGCCUCGCGCAUGCGCGCUGCGGGCGAGGCCGGGGUCGACACAGGGGCAGGCACAGGGGCAGGCGUAGGCGCAGGCGCAGGGGCAGGCGCAGGGGCAGGCGCAGGGGCAGGCGCAGGGGCAGGCGUAGGCGUAGGCGCAGGGGCAGGGGCAGGGGCAGGCGUAGGCGCAGGCGCAGGGGCAGGCGUAGGCGCAGGCGCAGGGGCAGGCGCAGGGGCAGGGGCAGGGGCAGGCGCAGGGGCAGGCGUAGGCGCAGGCGCAGGGGCAGGCGCAGGGGCAGGCGCAGGCGCCAGGGCCGGCGCAGGAUGCGCCGAGGAACAAAAUCCAGAAGCUGUGACAGCCCUGGGAUUCUGAGUCCGAAAUCUCCCCCUGCCCCUGCCCCUAUAACCCAGCAGGAACCUGGAGGUUCCGGGAGGCGAGAGCGCAGCGUCCACCUGCGCCCCCUCCCCGGGCCUCGGGUGGGGGUCCUGAGCCCCUGCCCUCACCACCGCGCUCAGGGUGGGUCCCUGGGUGGGUCCCUCCCUCCCCCAGCAUCCACCCCCAGCAUCCAGCUGCCCUCCCAGCCAGCGUGGCGGCCCGGCCAGGGUGAACAGGCCCUAGACCCUGGUGAGGACGCGGGUCCUCAAGAAGCCAGCGGCAUGGGCAGCUCUGGCGAGUCAGACUCAGGACUUCAGGGCACUGUGGAGCCCACAGGUGCUGUCAACAAGGGGGACGGCAGAGCAGACCCCAGUGUCCUGGCUGUGUUCCAGGACUAUGUCAAACUGAUGUCGCUGGUUGCAGAAGCAAAUCAGAUGAGUGACGAGCUGGAGGAGGGACUUAAAAUGGAGCUGAAGGUGAAGCAUUUGGCAUUGUCAGAUUCCAGGGGCUACGAGCUACAAAAAGAGGUCAUGGUGAAGGUGACCAACCAGGGGACUCAUGAGGUGUGGGUUUGGUCAAAAGCCAAGUUUAUCAAUAGGAAGUUCCUAAUGGAAGAACUUUAGCAGCAUUUUCUAGAUGGGGAAGACAGCCACGUGGCUCAAGACAAUGACCCUUUCUGGGACCCUGUGGAGGUCGUGCACCUGGGUUCAGCGCACAUCUGGCUGCAGUCACUUGCCUACUGCACAAAGCUGGAGGAGCAGACGGAGGUCCUGAACUGCGACGGGCUGGAGGAGGUGGUGCUGCACAUCUGCAUAGCUCCCUGCUCCCCGACAGGACAAGCACGUGGUGGGGAGGAUGUGGUUAUUGACCCUUUGGAGCUGCUGGGCAAGAGGAUCGAUUUCCAGAUUGACAUUGUCUGGUGCCUUGGCGUGUGGCUCAAGGAAGAUGCAGAGUGGGGCAUUCAGAUAGGGUACAGAAUUUAUAACCUUCCAAACACUUUACAUACCAAACCUGGGUGGAAAACUGAAUCCCAAAUUGAAGAGACUGUCCAAUUUGCAGCUUUAAAUGCAUCUCCAGAGUUUCUGAAUUAUUUACAGACAAAUGCUCUCAUUAUUGACUUAUGGGCCCUUCAAGAAGGCUGCGCUGAGCUAAGCUGCUCUCAGCUGGACCUCUUCGUCACAGGUGAAGGCCACGCCAUGGUAGACACCAAGAAAAUUUCCGCUGUGAAGGACACAAGCCAGACUACAUCAAACCAGAUAUCAGAACUUCAUCUGAAACUGCUCAAGUUAGAGCAGAAUACGGAACUUUUCAGAAACAUUAACAUUAACAGAGUGCUAAGAGAAGAAAACGUGCUUCUCAAAGAUCACUUGAAAAACACCUUUGCUUUUCCCUCAGCCCUCAAGCCUUCCAACACACUGAAGACACCUGGGGUGACAGUGCAAUUGCCAUCAGCCACAGAGGUUAAUCAAAUGUGCACUCAGCAAGCAAGCUGCGACAGAGACUUUGCCAAAGCUCUCAAGGUGUUCUACCAAAGCAUGAACAUGGCCAGAGGGCAGUUUCUCAGACUGAGACAGCAGAAACCUCCUGAAGAUGGUCAAAUGCUUCAGCCAUUUGUACACCAACAGUCGCAGAUGUUAAAGGAUUUGGGGGACCUUCCUGAAUCCAGUUUGUGGAAGCUGAAAAACGAUGUUGCUCUUACAGUGAAAAAGAAGAAAGAAUAUUUAUUGCAUAUCAAAUAGUGAGGAUACACCGGCAAAAAACUGAAAACAAGCGAGCUCUGAAUUGUGAAGAUUAUUUCUGUAGCUAAUGAGCUUAAUUAACCCAUUUCCAUUUCUUCUACCAUUUAAAAAUGAAACUCCUCUCGUUCAGUUUGAUUUUAAAUAAUGUAAAAAUGAGUCCACAUCCAGGGAGAAGGUGAGAGGGGAGAGAUCUGAGGUGCACGAUUAGCACUCUGAGCUCUGCGAUUAGACUGCCUCGGGUUAAAUCCAUCACUUACCAACUGCGUGAUCUGGGGCAGCUGACUUCCCCUCUCGAAGCCUCUUUCCUCAUCUGUUGUAUGGGAAUUGUAUUAGUAUUUACUGUAGAUGAUUAAUGAAUAUAAAAUUCCUAGAAUAGUGCCUGGCACACAGAAGCAAUCCAUAAGCACUCACGAUUAACAGUUUUAUGGUAAAUAGUUUGAAACUUCAAAUGAAGCUCUUUUGAUAAAUUUCUUGCCAUCUGGCCAACAAUAAUUAUUUCAUGCCCCUCAUUUUGUACCCUUGCCCUAAACAAGUUUGAAUUCUCCCUCCACUUACCUUCUCUUUCCACGGGCUUACCUGGACUACUAUACGUUCGGUUCCCCAAGCAGCGCUAGUGCCUGUACGGUGGGACCUGCUCAGUGCUGGGGGUGGGGCGCAGAGGUUACGACUGUUAGUGAGAAGAUCUGCUGGGGGUCAGUCAAUCCCGAAGCCGACCUUCAUUCCACAAAUUGAUUGAUGGGUCUUGGUUUAGGACAAACAGGCACUGAGCGCUCUGGGGAGAGGCUGUAAAGGAACCCUUUGUGGCUGAGGACAGACUCUACUAACAACAACAGCAGUGAUAAGG